AGAGGACCCAGAUCAUAAUUGUCUCUCCUCAGAGCAGGUUAAUCCAGGAUAGGCCUCAGAGAGCCUAAAAAUGUUUACCUAUAUGUGAAGGAGAUGAGUCUCAGUGUUCACCUUCUGAAGGACUGAGCAAAGGGACACAUGGAGUGGAAGGUGUCUCCGGGGAUGUCGCUCGAGUGGAGACCUUUAUCGUCAAGAUGUGUCAUAAGAAGCGCAAAGAGUCGUCAGCUCCCUUAAUGCAGGUAUCAGUAGGAACACAAGACGUGAACAUCAAUCCACCAGAAGGUGAAGGUGGAGGAGGUGGGGGGAGAAAUGCCAGCCUCAGUAUUCCCACCCACAACUUUACCUCAAGUAAUGGCCAUCAAGUCAAGUCUUACGUCUUAGUAUUUCGGGUGUCAUUAGUGCACGAUCAGGAAAAUGCUGGGGAACCUGUCAUCAAGCGGCGCCGUGUUGGCCGAAGUGGGUCGCAGGACUCUCAAGACUCCAAUAUACCAAUGAUCGGCAGUAAUGCAGUCAAUGGAGAUAGUCACGGUGGUGUAGGAUCAACGUACUCUGGCGAAUUAGUGAUGUUUGAUCGUCACGGACGUUGUUUACUUACUCCAGGACAGUAUGAGUUAAUGCUGGAGCUUCAAGCAGGAGAAUCAACACAGCUAUGUAAAUCAAGCCCAAAGAAGAAUGCAAGCUGGGAAAGUAUUGAUACCCUCAAGUUUGACGGUAUUUUUAAUAAUAUUCCUGUUCUUAAAUUUACAUUAAAUUGGAACAGUGAAAAUUCUAAUUCCCUCAUAGAAAGACCAAGAUUACGACCCCUCAAACCCCUAGAUGUUGUUUUGGCUAACAGUGCAUCUUCAAAGCCCAAGCCUCAAGGUGUAGCGAGUCCUGAGGCUCCUCAACUCGUUCUCUACCAGUUUGUGUACAAUAACAACAGCAGACAACAGACAGAAGCAAGAAGGGACUUUCACUGUCCGUGGUGCUCUCUCAACUGUAUGGCCCUCUACUCUCUUCUCAAGCACCUCAAGCUAUGUCAUGCGCGCUUCACCUUCACAUAUGUCCCACACCCCAAAGGAGCUCGAAUUGAUGUUGCUCUCAACGAGUGUUACGACGGCUCUUAUGCUGGAAAUCCACAGGACUUGGUGGCCAUGCCAGCCGGGUUUGCUUUUUCUCGCAGCGGUCCGACGCGGAGAACACCAACCACUUCAGUAUUAGUCUGCAGACCCAAACGACCAAAACCAUCAUUAUCAGAAUUCUUAGAACAGGAUGAUGAUUUUGAUUUACCACGCUCAUAUAUAUUAGGUCACAAUAGAUUGUAUCACCACACAAUGACUUGCCUCCCCAUACAACCCCAUGAGCUGGAUGAGGACAGUGAAGGAGAACAUGAUUCUGAAUGGGUUCGUCAGAAAACGCAAAUGAUGAUUGAUGAGUUCUCGGACGUAAAUGAAGGAGAGAAGGAACUAAUGAAAAUGUGGAAUUUACACGUGAUGAAAUAUAAUUUUGUGGGUGACAGCCAGAUCCCACUAGCAUGCUCAAUGUUCUUGGAAAGUCAUGGCACAGAGCUCUUACGUAAAAGUUUGUAUCGAAACUUUGUCUUGCAUAUGGUCUCCUUGCAUGACUUCGGUCUCGUCGGGACUGGCGUUGUCUACAAAUGUAUCCUUCAUUUACAAAAUAAAAUGCAAGAUCCUAAUGUUCAGAAUCAUCUAGCAGCAAGUUGGGAUGAUCAGCGUAGAUCAGCGAAGAAGCUCUUCUCUUCCUUCAACUACUCCACCUUGCCAGUAAAGCAGGAGUUAACGUCCUCCUUGGUAACCAGCAAUGGGUUCACCGAGGAGAGUAAAUGCUCUACCACCAAAAGCAAAUAAUGGAGGAGAUAGGAAGUGUAGUGUACAGUGACGUGGAAAUCUCUUCGACUCAGGGUCAUUCUGCUGCGUAAGGGCUGCACCCAAGUACAAAAGUGUGUAGAUGGCACCACUGAGGCACUGCAGGGGCCUACCACCACUGCCAGUACAACUUUGUGGCCCAGGAGUUGCUGCACAUUUUUAAUUAUAUAGGUUUACCAAUUUUGAUAUGUAUUGAUAAUUGGUAGAAGCAGUGCACAAGAUUGUGAGGCAACUGUAUGGAAGAGUUUUUAAUUUCAUGAGAGGUUUAGAACCAUAUUGUUGUAGGUGACUUCAAGUCUCACAGACUUGCAAGGAUGUACCAUUUGAUGACUUGUGAUUACCUUAGCUCUAGUAAGUUUCAGGAGUUAUCUGGUUGUCAGAAUGGUUUCCAAGAUCUGGUUUUAAGUGUUAAAAGGCUGUAUUGUGCUAUUUUCCAAUUUUUAUUUAUAGAAAUUCAAAAAGUAUAGGUGGCAUUAAAGGUCACCAAUGUAGGGAAUAAUAUAUAUGUGUGUGUUUAACAUUAGAUAUCAAAAUGUGUCUUUAGAGCAUGGUCACUUGCUAUCAGCCAUAAUGAAUUGUUGGGAAUAUUUUUUUUCCUCAAAAUAAAAAUUAAUAUUUUGAGUUCCCUGCUUUAGACUUACUUCAUAUUUUAUUUAUUAUUAUUAUUAUUUUUUUUUUAAGUACCAGUAAGUAUAGAAUCACAUAAAGAAGAGUACCCAGAUGAUUAGGCAGAAAAGGUUGGGUAGUUAACAUCCCCACAGUCGAUGGCUUAAUCACACCUGGACCAACACCCUGUGUGUCUUAAGGCCAUACAAGUAACCAAAAAUAUGGAUUUCACAUAUAUUUUGUUAAAGUAAUUUCCUAUCCAGUGUUUUUAACAUCUUUAGGGUAAAGUGUCCUUUGCAGUCAGAUAGAAUGCAUUUUUUGGUAUAAAUGGAAAUUCUUACAAUUUAUAUUAUUUAUAUCUCCAUGUAAAUGGUUUUUAAAUCUUUUGUUGUUAUUUAGAAGUCUAUUCUGGAGAUGCUUUCAACCCAGUCAAUAUGUUACAGAAUCUGUGUGUGCUCAAGUUGUGUGUUUGUGUAUACAGCAUGAGUAAGAGUACUAGUGAUGUAAAUGUGGAGUAUAUGAGGUGAUAGCAGUGCACUGUAUUUAUAUUGUGAGAGUAUCAGUGCAUCUUGUGAAUACGUCCCUGUUCUUCAGUAAGUGGUGGAUUACAUGUGAUAUAUCAAGGCUUGACCACCUUCAUCAAGGAAACCAAUCUUGAUGAUAGUCAGUUUGAUAUAUUCUUUGUUAUGAUCAUUUCCUCACUCAAAUGUGUGUGAAUAGCAAAUUCCUGUAUCUUAACCAGUCAGUGUGGAUAAUCAAGAUAAACUUAACCCAUUAUUUGAUAUUAACUUUAAUGUGGUUAAGAUUUUUAUGGAUAAUUUACUCUUUAAAUUCGUUCAUAGAAAUGUUUUAUGUUGGGAUUUGUUAGGUAAUUUGAAUCAUCAAGUGGUUCGAUAUUAACUAUUGAGUUAAAUUGUGUAAAAGUUUAUUUUGUGGAACAUGUCUUACCUUCCAGUACUGGUGACUAUUUACAAUAAAAAAAUUUUAUAUUC